CGCGGGUCCGAUCCUAGUUUUUAGAGGUAAAAAGUAAAGUUGCAAAAUUUGUUAGAAUGUUAUUUUUUUGCUCGAAACUAUAAUUGCACUAUUUUUCCUUUCUUUCCCCAAACCUAAAACGCAGCCUCCUCCUUUUUUUUUCUCUCUGAAAUUUGCUAUUUUUCUUCUUUCUUCCCUCAAAUCUCUCUCUCUCUCUCUGACUUGUGCGUGUUCUCUCAAAUCCUCUAUAAUCUCUCUCUCUCUGUGACUUGUGCUCUGAUAAGAAUCAAUGGCGAAGGAAUUAGCAGAGAAAGCUAAAAAAGCUUAUUUAGAAGAUGACUUCGAUGUUGCUGUUGACUUAUACUCCAAAGCCAUUGAGUUGGAUCCCAAUUGCGCCGCCUUCUUCGCCGAUCGUGCUCAGGCCAAGAUCAAAACCGAUAACUUCACUGGAGCUGUUGCAGAUGCGAACAGAGCCAUCGAGUUAGAACCAACAUUGGCAAAAGCCUACCUCAGAAUGGGCACUGCUUGUAUGAAGCUAGAAGAAUAUCGUACUGCUAAAGCAGCCCUGGAAAAGGGCGCUUCUGUUGCACCGAAUGAACCAAAAUUUAAGAAGAUGAUAGAUGAAUGCGAUCUUCGCAUUGCAGUGCCACCAGGUUUGCUUCCACCAGCUCCAACUCCUGCAGCACCUGCCGAGCCGAUGUUCAUACACGAGUUCUACCAGAAACGAGAAGAAGCAGUGGUGGCAAUUUACGCCAAAGGAAUACCAAAGGAGAAUGUAUCUGUCAAGUUUGGUGAGCAGAUUCUGAGUGUUGUCAUUGAUGUUGCCGGAGAGAAAGCUUAUCAUCUCCAGGCGAGAUUGUUUGGGAAGAUAAUACCAGAGAAGUGUAGAUAUGAAGUAUUGACAACCAGAGUUGAGAUCCGUCUUCCAAAAGCUGAGAGAAUCCUGUGGCCAGCCCUUGAAUAUGGCAAAGGGCAAGUUGUUUUGCCCAAACCCAAUGUCUCAUCAGCGUUCUCACAGAGACCAGUGUACCCAUCUUCUAAUCCUAAAUCUGCUGGAUCUAAAAAUGUAAGACUUUUUACAAUGGAGCCGCACAAUCCUAUAUCUGAUGAAUCUGCUGGAUCUAAAAAUGAUAAGUCCAUAAAGAGAAACCACGUAUCUGAUAGUGAAGAUCAUGCCGAUGGAUCAAAGAAACUAAGGAAGUGCAAAACUAUGAAGCAAAAGUCUAUGAAUAAAAUUGAUGAAGAUGAAAAAAUUGAUCAAAAAAAUGAAAUCAUUGAAUUGUCGAGAUCUAUCAAAGAACUGACUGAAGCUGUAAAAAGCCUUCCGGAAAUUCUGUUAACUAUAUUAAAGGACAGAGAAACAACCCCAGAGGAAAACGAGGAGGAAGAGAUGAUGCAUCGGGGCUGUUCUUUGCAUAUUCCGAAGAAUGACUGUGUUGAUUGUCAAAAAGUGGGGGUUUAUCACAAUAAGCAAACCAUUUUGGUUAUGGGGUUUGAAAGUUUGCGUCUUCCUCAGGAUCAAGUGAAGAAAAUGUUUCGUGAUUUAUUCGGUUCAUGUGGAGAGAUCACAACGCUUACUGUUCCCAUAAAUUACAAAACCGGUUUUCCCAUGGGAUUCGCUUUCAUUAAUCUGAAAGAUGGCCAGGGCGUUGAGAAGGCGUUGAAAUUGCAUUAUUCUGAAUUGGAAGGAAUACCGCUUGUGGUCACGUUGGCUCAAGAGAGACACUUAGGUAAAAUCUAUCACGGGUGUGAGCGUUGUAUGAGUGAAACUUCUGCUCGAAUGGAUCUACCUGAUGAACCUGAGGUGCACCCAGUUGCUAGGUUUCCGAGAUUAAGCUUUUGUUAAAGGAAUAAGUUGGUCAUGUCUAUUACUGCUGCCUCUUCCUUUGCUCGGUCCAUAGCUACCAAGUACCAACCGCUAAUAUUGGUCGUUUUACCGUUGCUGCUCUCGUCCAGCUACAUCGAAACUAUAUUUAUUGUCUACUUUAUAUUUUUAUUUGAUGUAUUCGACUGCGUUUAAAUCUUAUUAUGUUUUGUUGUUAUGUAAAACGACCUGUUCUUUGUGGAAAUUUUUUAUUGUGGUCUUGAAACAGUAGAUUUAAUCCAGAGAUUUUUAACUGAAA